CUAUACAAUAGAUUACUUAAAUUCAAUCCGGAUGUUAGCAAGUCCAUAUCUCAUCAUUUACUUGUUUAUUCUAAUAAUUUAAAUAAAUAACUAUUCCUUAAUGGAGUGGUUGAAUACAGACCCACCUAUACAAUAGAUUACUUAAAUUCAAUCCGGAUGUUAGCAAGUCCAUAUCUCAUCAUUUACUUGUUUAUUCUAAUAAUUUAAAUAAAUAACUAUUCCUUAAUGGAGUGGUUGAAUACAGACCCACCACGCCAACACUAAUGCAUUUUUCUACAAAUAAGAUUCUUAUUAACAUAGUUGACCAAUAAUUUACAUUUUACUCGAAUGUUUAAACGAUUAAUAUUUGUUGAGGUGACUAAUAAAUAAUAUUGUGUAAACGAUUUAUCUAUCUUUAUAUGAACACCUUUAAUGAUAAAACUAAUCAAAUAAGUAAUAAAAGGGAGAUAUCCUCCUCAACCAAGCUGUCCACGUAGGCAAUUUUAAUCAACCAAUUAGACAGGGUGUUUUUGCCAUGUCAAAUAUGUGUUGAUUUCUUGGGCUUCGACUUACCGUAAUUUUUAAAACAAUCGAACCCAGCCCAUUAGACCAUAGACAGACUCAGCCAGCGACCAAACCAUUUCGACCUCUUCCUUACGCGUCUCUCAAAUCCUAUUAACCUAAAUCGAAUCUUCGUCCCUUUGUCGAUUCUUCAUCUCCUUUGUCGAUUCCUAAUCCCUUUUGCUCUUCCUCUUCUUUGAUCCGUUUCACAAUCUGACCCUAAACAAUCAAUACAACUCCACUUCGUUCUCUCUUUACUCUCAUUUAUGGAUUCGUUUUGCUUUUCUCCUUCAGAUUUUGUUUAUAUAACUCUUAAUCCGCAUUUUCUCCUUCUUUUGUUUAUACAACUCUUGAUAUGAGUCUUAUUCCGAUUAAGCUUUGUUGCAAUGAGUUCCAACGGAAGUUCCAUCUCCGAGAAACCAAAAGGCGUUGAGUCUGACUCCUCUCCCGGACCGAUCAAACCCAUCGGAACACCCCAUGUCUCAUCCAACCACUCAAUAGGCGAUCUCCACUCGAAGCGAGACAAAGGCGAAGCGUCGGUCACUUCCGGUCUGACCAAACUCAGCGGCAAAACUGCUGUCUCUUCCGGCGUCUUGAUCGGCGUACCUAUGUCGAAGAACCCCAAUGGUAAGAACCCUUAUCGUUUCAUUAUGAGAUUAUAGUGUCCGUCUGAUUACCAGUAUAAAAAAUAGAGAAUCUGAAGCUAUGAGGUUUAAAACAAUGAGAUGAGCAAAAUAAUUGUUUUUAGUAGAUAAUUUUUAUACUAGAGUAAAUAGAAACGCAUGUGAAAUUGUGGAUUUUUAGUUCCCUUUUUUGAUGAUGGUAACGUUCGUAUUCCUAUGCAGGUGCGAUCAUUCACAGCACGAAGGCUGGUGUCUCCUCAGGUGUUAGAGGCAAAUCUGUUGUCUCUUCCCGCGUCAGGGGAAAAGCUAUUGUCUCGGCCGAAGUGGUGGCUUUCAAAGAUGUGAAAUACGGACCUCAUGACGGCGAGUUGAGGUUCCGGUUGAUCCAUUUUUGGGAAGCUCGAAAUGUUGUGUCAAAGGUGCUUAUCGGUCUCGAGAUGCUUCUCAUCGACCAAGAGGAGACUGUCAUCCAGGGUUUCAUCCCAGCUGGGAGGAUAGACACUUAUUUGCCACACAUGAGAGCUGGUGGCCUUUACAGACUCAACAGUUUUUUCGGUUCUCACAACAAGAAUUUGUAUCGUGUUGCGGAACCAAGUUUCACCAUCACAUUCUCAUCGACUUCUGUCCUCUCUAAUCUAACGGACAGUCCGGUUUGUUUCCUUGAGGACCGGUUCCGGAUCCAUGGAUAUGAGGAGUUCGAUGCUGCCUGCGACUUGAGAGGGGAUCUUUAUGAUUAUGUUGGCCACAUCAAGCUUGUGAAUGGACAGGUUCUAAGUGAUAGUCUCAUGCUAGAUGAUGCCGAGAUGGCUUCAUCACGCCGCGUCUUGCUCCAUGUUCAAACACAUGAUGGUCCGGUGAUGAAGUUGUACCUAUGGGACAAGGCUGCCUCAGAUUUUAGUGAGAAAUUUAAAGCAUUUGGAGGAACCGCACGUGUUGUUUUGGUCACUACUUUAAACCCGAAACGAUUUGGAGGUCCGUAUUAUCAACCUUUUUAA